AUGUUCAAGGCGGAAAGCCAACACAUUCUCCGAACUUUGGCGUCAUCGGUCCAACUCCACCUCUUAGGUUCCCCCAAGUUUCAUCUCGCUACUUCAACCCGGAAUAUGGAACUUCAUAAGCCCUCGUUUCCUUCGAGGGCUACUUCGGCCACAUUCCCCCUAUCUCAGACCACAUCCCAAGAAUCCCCCGACACCGCAAGCCGAUCCCAAGCCCCCGACGACCGCCAGAUCUCCCCGCGCUCUCAACGAGCCGCAGCACAGCCCGCGGCAUCUGGAACUCCGACGGAGAGUCGUCGGCACAAGCAUAGCAAAUCGCGGGAACUGCGGUUUGCGCGGCCGAGGAGCCAUUUGGCCUCGGCCAGCGCGCGCGGGCUAUUACCCACCUGGUCGUCCAAAGACAAAGAUCAAGUCUUGCUGAGUCCGGAGGGGCGCUGGGGCUCCGAGUCGACAGCGAGUCGGAAGGGAAGCUUGGUCGAGGAGCGAUUGGGUCCUGUCAGGGGGAUUCAAUCCUUGGGGGAUUUGGAGAAGGCCAAGAAGAGGAGGAAGACUGGGGAGGAGUCUGCUCUGACGUCCAUUGGGACCUUGGCAACGGAUGCCACGCGUCGACUCGAUUAUACAUAUUACAACCUGCUGGAGAAGAUCACAGCCCUCAACUCAACCAUUGCCUCAUUUCAGGAACUAUCUGAUUCCGCCUCCACGCUAUUAAGUGAUUUUGACCGCCAGACGGCCGGUCUGGAUCAGGAUAUUCGCAAACAACUCAACGAUCUGCAAGGGUUUACGCCGCAGGUUGAAAAAGCCGAUGCGCUGGAACAACGGAUGGAAGCCGGCCGGCACCACGUUGAAGAGCUAGGCAAGCGUCUGGAGAGUGUGCGACAUGAGAUUGACAGCUGGGAGCAACGGGAAACGGAGUGGCAAAUGAAGACUACGCGGCGCCUGCGGAUCUGGGGCAUUGUGUUGGGGGCCGUGGUGGUGCUGGUACUCGCUUUGGCCUUCCAUCAGAAUCAUCUGGAUCGGGAUACCUUCCGUGCUCCCCAGCUGGAGCGUUUCGGGGAUCAGGGCUCAGUGAAACCAGGAACGGACGCAGGGCCGACGUUCCCGUCUAUUCUGGCAGAUCGUCGUCAGAGUUGGUCCAAGGCUGGUCCCCGUCCAACUCCUACAGUGUAUGACCCUCUCCGCGUAUUGGAUGAGUUGUGA